UAAACAACACCGGAAAAAAAUAUGAAGAAGAAGAAGAAGAAGAAGAGCAGCCGUGCACUAUGGGAUAAGUAGAGGGUGGAGAAGGAUGUGAAUUGUUAUGCGAACAAAAUAUUCAGAUUUUCAGUCUAUUAAGUGUUAGCAUAAUGAAUACUGAUCCAGUGUUUUCUAUUUAAUGAGCUGUGAGAACGUUUGCAUUGUAUCAUUGGUCUUGUCUUUGCAGCGCUUCGAGUGCGUUAACGGAGCUGGUUAGCUUAGUGUUGAGCAUACAUGUAGUGUUUUCUAAUGUAAAGAAGCGAAAAUCAGUUAUACGCUGAAUUAUUAAGAGUUAAUGGCGUCCCACGCACCUUUCACUGAUUCUGAUACUGCUGAUGAAGCAGUCCGAACAACUUGCGACGAUGCAUCGACAUGCAAAAGGUUUGCAACUAGCAAAGGCUAUUGGACAGACCCUUACAUACAGUAUUUUGUGCGGCAGACAGGUGAACGCAAGGCACCUGAAAUCAACAGAGGCUAUUAUGCGCGUGUACAAGGAGUGAACCACUUGCUGGAUGCUUUUCUCAAGAAGACACAGUGUGACUGCCAGGUGGUCAAUCUUGGAGCAGGACUGGAUACCACCUUCUGGAGACUGAAGGCUGAGAACACUUUGCCGAAAAAGUACUUUGAAGUUGACUUCCCCAUGAUUGUUGCCAGGAAAAUACACCAUAUCAAGACAAAACCUCCAUUGUCAAAGCCUUUGAUUGAGACCCAUUCAGCUGAUUCACUCCUAUUAGAUGGUCACAGCCUGGACUCAGACAGAUAUUGUAUCAUCGGCACCGAUCUCAGAGACAUCUCAAGUUUAGAAGAGAAACUCAGAAAAUUCCAGAUAAAUACAGAGUUGCCCACGCUGUUUGUGUCUGAAUGUGUACUGGUGUAUAUGACCCCUGAGCAGUCAUCCAAACUGGUGCAUUGGGCAGCAGACACCUUCCACACUGCCAUGUUCAUCAACUAUGAACAGGUGAACAUGGCUGACCGCUUCGGUCAGAUUAUGAUUGAGAAUCUGCUGAGACGUCAGUGUAAUCUGGCUGGAGUGGAUGUGUGCCAAUCGUUGGAUUCUCAGAAAGAACGCUUCCUGUCAACAGGAUGGGAGAGUGUGAAUGCACUGGACAUGAUGACAGUCUAUAGCCUGCUUCCUCAGGACGACAUAAGCAGAAUUGAACGACUGGAAUUUUUAGAUGAAAAGGAACUGCUUCAGCAGCUUCUCCAACACUACAGUAUCUGCUGGGCUGUGAAGGAUGCACUUAGUUUGGGCAUUUCACAAAUUGGCUUUUAAGCGUGAUGGGUAUCUGGUUGGGAAGCUUCUUCUUUGUGCCAAGGUCAACAUGAAUCAGAGGAAGUCAUUUCAACUCUUUUUUUCUUUUGUGACGUCAAUAAAAGAUGAGGCCGCUGUAUUUUUGUCUUUUUGCAUGGUUCCCUUAUGUCUCCCCUGCGCUCCGUGUGUUGCACUCAUGAAACUGUAAUCGUCUGACUAUUUUGAGUGUAUGCCGUGCCACUAAAUCGUUAACUCAUUAUUGUAGCAAACAUAUUUUGUUUAGUCACCCUUUUAGCUGUGUUAAAUACUAGACUGAUAUGGCUUAUCUUAUCUGGGGGUCAUUGGUAAAAAGGGAAUGAGUGUGGAAUUUCAGAAAAUUUCAGGAAUCUUUAUAUUAAACUUUGUUUUUAGUUAUUAGCACUAAAAACAUAGGCUGCAUAAAUAGUUUGUGCUGUUAAAAUACAUUGUGAUUUCUUUGUCAUGCAUUAGAGUUUUGGUUUCUGUCAAAAUUGUUCAGAAUUGGCAAGCUAACAGUACACUUUGCACUGCAUGGUGGAAGGUACUUAUUUGUUUGAAGAGUAAUAGAUACAGUAAUAAAAUUCUAUGGCUGGUUAUUUAAUGAUAACACAUUCCUCUGUUUUAAUUACAUACAUUUUUAGUCAUGUGAUGACCUGUAAAAUACCACAUUUGAAUAUAUUCAUGUUUUAAAAUUUCAAAACUGAAUUCACUUGUUCGAAUUUUUAAAACAACAGUUUUAAAUUUAAAACAAUUACAUACUUUUGAAAUAUGUAUAAUUAUAUUGGAAUAUAAUGUUCUGCCUUGCUUUGUGUUUAAAUGUGCUUAGCAGGGCAUUUUUGCAACAACAGGGAUUCACAGUGGAGAGUGGACCCUAACAGCAUGACAACUUUUGUUUGUGUGUGAGUCUUUCAGGGAAAAUAUUAACCCAACAUGGCCUUGUGCGGCUGUGUGCUGUCACAGGUUCCCCACUGACAGAUUAGUAUGCAGUACUCCAAAGGUAGAAUUGCUCAUAUGAUUUCUUUUGCCAAUGCUGUUAAAGAUCAACAUGGUCAUUGAUAUUAAAGAUUUAUAGAUGA